CCCGCUGGUGGAAUUCCGCGCGUGGGAGCUUCGGUUGCUUGUCUCGCCGGAUUCGCCGCCGCAUUGUGGAGAAUUCGGUGCGGGUUCUGAGCAUGUGGCGCCAGUUCCGGAGCUCGGGAAUCUAUCGACGUGAUUGUUUCUGCCUGGACUGGCAUUUGCGACCAAUAGGCUAGGUCCAUGUUUUUGGUGAAUUCCCAAAGUAUCAUGGUUGUCUUCGAUGAGAAAUUACUGGCAGGUUUCUGUAGCUUAUCUAUUGAGUUAUAGAUGCACCUGCAGUAGUUUAUUGCUGUCAAAUUAGGUUUUGGUGCACGCCUUCUGUUCAAUCAUAUAUAUAGCUUACCUUAUGACAGAAAGCGAAACAGCUUUGCUAAUGUGGUACAAGCUAGCAAUCAGCCUGUGCCUCCACGUUUACAGAGGUUCUCUAGUAUUUUUAGGAUUUCUCUUGAUAAGUACUCCCUCUGUAAGGUCUUAUAUUCCUUUACAGAGGGAGUGCUUCUUUCUCCAUAAUUCCAUAUGCUUCUUGUAUCCUGCAAUUACUGUGCAUCACAUCGAUCUAAAGAAAUUAUAAUAAACUAGUUGUUACAGUUUUCUUGUUUUUCUCCCAACUAACAUGAUAUUUUAUGUAAGGACUCUUAAUCUCUGAAUUUCCAUGAAUGGUCUGUUCCAGUUAGCAUGAGAGCAGCUGGCAAUCCUACAAUUAGCAUGGAUGGUCUGUUCCAGUUAGCAUGAGAACAGCUGGCAAUCCUUCAAUUAGGAAUCUCUUGUUAGAAAAGGUUAUAGCAAGAAAUAUAAGCACAGAAACACACCAAGCUUUGACCCAGUCAUCAUACCUGAAAAUAUUAUGUUUUCUCAUAAAGAGGAUGGACGGUGUCUACCGCUUGCUUUUGCAUGAAAAGAAAGUUAUACAAGAUGACACUUCAGAUGCAAAACUUCAUGCACCGAUACAGUAUGAGAGAGAUGUGGUUACUGCUCUCGGAACUACCAAGUGGCAGUUGGAGCAAUUUGAGAGGGAGGUGAAUGCAGCUGCAUUCUCUGAUAAGUCAACUUCUAGGGAAAAUGCAAUCUUAAAAUUUAGGCAAUUCAUUAGAGCUAUAGCGGAGCAAAUUUCUGAGGUGGAAGAAAGCUUGAAGACUCUUAGGACAGAUUUCAGUAGAACUCCGAAAUCUCCAUACCCCUCAAGUGAACAGGAUGGAGAUGGGCUGGCAUCUUUCCUUUCUGGUGGCAACAAUCAUAGUCAUGCAUACUACUCCACUGAUACAAAUGAAAUUACUGAACUUAAGCUCGACAGUGCACCUAUGGUGAAUGGUUAUCAUUCUGCCCAAGAAGAUACAUCACGUGAACUCAGAUAUUCAGGAAAUGAUGUGGAAGGAGCAUCCAAAUUGCAAUGUUCACGUGGAGAAAGUGCAUCUGAAGUAGAUCAUAACGGUAGCACUUUGUGUAGUUUGGAUGCUGAUGAUUCGCUAGGUACGAGCCAUCAUUACAAGAACAAACUGAGCAGUCAGUACCGCAGUUUUAUGAGAAACUUAUGGUUUACGAAUAGAGACCAUGAGAGCUUUACAAAGAGGAGGAAAGAUGGAGAAGUUGUUGAUAGCUUGAGAAAUGGAAAUAUAUUGCCUCCCUUCAACCUACGUACAUCAGGAAGAACUAUGUAUUGCUGGCCUGAACUUAUCAAGAGAACAUUAAGUAGAUCUGAAUAUUCUACACGCUACAAUCACCCUCAACUUUUUGUAGCAACAUCACUACUAGUUGCACUUGCUGUCCUUGGCUUGCUGGUUUUGCAUGCCAAGUGAGGCGAAUGAAGCGACAUGUAUCUAAUUUUGGUCCCUGUGUAUGUAACACUCACUGCGCGCUCGGAGUACCCUUAUGUAUGCAUGUAUCAGCCGCUGCGUUGCAUCGCACCAACCGGGUCUGUGAUCCUUCCCUAUGAAGAAGGAUACAUAGGCUUCUGAUCGCGGCACGAUGCAGACAGAGGUUUGCCGACGUUUUUGCGCAGCUGAUAACUGUGGUUGGCUCCUCGGCAGCGUGACCCAGCACCAGAGGAAGCUGUGAUACUCCCGCUAAUUGUCAUUUUCUGGGUCCAAAACCACUGUACCAUGCUGAUGCCAUUGUGCUAAUCAACGAUUGCCAGAUCGGUGGGAUGAACAGUUACUGCAGUUUUUGAUUGAUUGUGGCAACCUCAAUGUUAAUAUAUUUCUCGCGAAUUGAAAAGUCCACUCGAACGGAGCUGAUUCAUUGUACCAUAUGCUGAGUUGUAAACUGCCUGUCUCUACCUGGUGAUUAUAAAUAAAAUAAAUCUGCUUUGCUCAUGGUGCCCGAUCUCUGUUGUGCUAUGUUUUGCGUGAUUUGACCCGUAUCAGAUGCUACAUACACUGAACACAAGCCUGAUGUGCGGCACUGCGCCGGUCCGCUUUGAGUUUGUCUGCUGGAUGCGCCUUUGCUUCACCUUUUUUGUGGAACCGGCAGGUGGGUCCCUGGUGUCAGCAGCCUACCCGCUUGCCCGAUCCGGCCCCUGAGCCCUGCCAAGCGGCGCGACCCACGCCGAGAGCGGCCGCCUGAUCUAAUCAGAGCCGUGAACUAAACUACUCCAGUGAUGAUCCCUCUCGAAAUAAGAAGCAGAGGAAAAAUUGAUCUAGGUCGCCCUGGCGCGAUGCUUUGGCACUCCACACCGGCCAGCCGCGGCCUUUCGCCCAAGCCGCCAGCCGCGAGGAGGCGACCCACGGCCCACCCAGCGCGAGGACGGAAGAGGCGCGUGCCCCGGCAGCCAGGGCCAGCGGGCAGACAGACGGAGCCGAGCACUGCAGCAGAGAGUCUGCCUUCCUCCCCUAUUAAUAAGGCGCCGUGCGCGUGCUGGCCACCUCACCACCCCCGGCAGCAUCUCGCGAUCCCAAAGUCCAACCAGCCUCCGCCGCCUCUCCUCGCCUGCGAGGUCAGCGCCGCCUUCUCCCCCGUCUGUUUCGUCGGAGAAGAAAAAUGUCAACUGCCACUGCUCCAGGAGUGUCCUUUGCUAAAUCCGGGGCUGGUUCCCGGGCCGUUGCUCCGGCGAUCAGGAGCGCUUCCUUCAUCGGUUACGCCAAGCAACCACCAAACUUGUCUUGCCUAAGGAUGUCAAACAAGUUCAGGGUGUCUGCUGCGGCCGUGCACAAGGUGAAGCUCAUAAGCCCGGACGGUGAAGAGCAUGAGUUUGAGGCCCCUGAAGACACCUACAUUCUUGAGGCAGCUGAAAAUGCCGGAGUGGAGCUGCCAUUCUCCUGCCGCGCCGGAUCGUGCUCCACAUGCGCGGGCAAGAUGACUACCGGGGAGGUCGAUCAGUCGGAGGGCUCCUUCCUUGAUGAGAACCAGAUGGGCGAGGGAUACCUUCUGACCUGCAUCUCAUACCCCAAGGCAGAUUGCGUCAUUCAAACCCACCAAGAGGAGGAACUCUACUAAUUGUUGAAGUUUCGUGGUGGAUUCAUUGUUCGGUUGCCUUCUGUUAUCUAGAGAUAUGGCUAGGUGGGCGUAUCUUCCUAGAAAUCACUUCAGUCUUUUGAUGGGAUCGUGAUAUAUGAGUUGUGACAAUAAUUGAUGUAAAAUGGUUUGUCAGUUCAAACUGCAUUUGUCCAGAUUGCAGCAAUUCGAACUACCAUACACUGUUGGAAGUCUUGAAAACAUGUUGUACUUGUGGGUCACUUCCUUUAGGAAUUAUUUGGCCACUCUGUUUGCACUCU